UUUAGAAGUCACAGAGUCCUUCCUCGUAGAAAGCCCCUCGCUUCUGGAAAGACUUUCUCUCGCUCAUUCACGGCACCUUUUGAACCCUCGCACAACAAGCAUGCAGGCUCAGGAAGUCCUGAGACAGCUGCGGCUUCCAGAGCUGGACGACCUGCGCCAGUACAUUCGCGGACUCCACGCUAACACGCUUUUGGGCAUGGGCGCCGUUGCCGCCUUCACCACCUACUGGUUCUCCACCCGGCCGCGAGCCCUCCAGCCGCCGUGCGACCUCACCAUGCAGUCGGUGGUCAUGCAAAGUGAAGAACACGCGAGACGGUCGGCGCUCAACAGCAGCGAUGAACACAUGAGUUACUACCACAGCGAUGCGACGACAAUGUACGACGGGUUUCUACGAGGGCUCCGAGUGUCAGAUAACGGACCGUGUUUAGGAGCCAGAAAACCAAACGGGCCUUACGAGUGGCAGACUUACAGAGAGGUUGCGGACCGGGCCGAGAACGUGGGCUCCGCCUUGCUUCACAAGGGCCACUCUCAGUCGGGAGACAAGUUCAUUGGGAUCUUUGCCCAGAAUAGACCAGAGUGGACCAUUUCCGAGCUGGCUUGUUACACAUACUCCCUCGUAACCGUUCCGCUGUACGACACGCUGGGCGCAGAGGCCAUCAGUUUCAUCAUCGAUAAAGCCGCUAUCAGCACGGUGAUCUGCGACAUGCCCGAAAAAGCCAGUUUGAUUCUCGACUGUUUCGACGAGAGAGAGCGAACGGUGAAGACGAUCGUGGUGAUGGAGCCGUUUGACGGCGAGCUGGUGGCCCGCGGACAAACGUGCGGAGUCGACGUUGUGAGCCUGAAGGCGUUUGAGGACUUGGGUAAAGCCAACUACCAUGACCCUGUGCCACCGAAACCAGAGGACCUUGCGCUGAUCUGCUUCACAUCUGGAACUACAGGAAACCCGAAGGGUGCAAUCCUCACUCAUGGAAAUGUCAUCUCAAACACUGCAGCUUUUCUUAAAAUAACAGAGGGCAAAAUGCAAGCCACUGCCAAAGACGUACACAUCUCCUUUCUCCCUUUGGCCCAUAUGUUAGAGAGAGUGGUGCAGGGCGUCAUCCUCAUGCAAGGAGCUCGUAUCGGAUUCUUCCAAGGCGACAUUCGGCUCUUGAUGGACGACCUGAAAGAACUGCGCCCGACGUUUUUCCCUGUGGUGCCACGUCUCCUAAACCGCAUGUUUGACAAGAUAUUUAGCCAAGCCAACACCCGACUAAAAAGAUGGAUGCUUGAUCUGGCUUUCCGGAGGAAGCUUUCAGAGCUGAAUAGCGGCGUGGUCAGGAGGGACAGUAUCUGGGAUAAGCUUAUCUUCAAAAAAGUACAGGCGAGCUUGGGUGGACGCGUGCGGCUGAUGCUUACAGGCGCGGCGCCCGUGUCUCCCACCGUGCUCACUUUCCUACGAGUUGCGCUGGGGUGUCAGUUUUACGAAGGCUACGGCCAGACAGAAUGCACGGCAGGAUGCUCCAUGUCCAUGCCUGGUGACUGGACAGCUGGUCACGUCGGACCUCCGUUGCCCUGCAAUGCCAUCAAACUGGUGGAUGUGCCAGACAUGAACUACUUAGCAAGCAACAAUGAAGGAGAGGUGUGCGUCAAAGGAGCAAAUGUCUUCCUGGGAUACCUGGGCGACCCCGGGAAAACGGCGGAGGCCAUCGACAAAGACGGAUGGCUGCACACGGGGGAUAUUGGCAAAUGGCUUCCAAACGGCACUUUGAAGAUCAUCGACAGGAAGAAGCACAUCUUCAAGCUGGCUCAAGGAGAAUACAUUGCCCCGGAGAAAAUCGAGAACAUUUACAACCGUAGCGACCCGGUGGCCCAGAUAUUCGUGCACGGUGACAGCUUACAGGCAUCCUUGGUGGCCAUCGUUGUGCCCGAUCCUGACCGUUUACCCAUUUGGAUCAAAAGACGAGGCAUCAGCGGCUCCUACUUGGAGUUGUGCAAGAGCAUUGACGUGAAGAACGCCAUUUUGGAGGACAUCCAGAAGCUGGGCAAAGAAGCUGGACUCAAGUCUUUUGAACAGGUGCGAGACAUUGCGUUACACUCAGAGAUGUUCACUGUGCAGAACGGCUUGCUGACACCAACGCUCAAGGCAAAGAGGGCACAACUUCAGAGUCAUUUUAGAGCGCAGAUAGAUAAACUUUAUGCUGGCAUUAAGGUCUAAGCGGAUCGAAGUGGAAUGUUACACUUGAAUGGGAACAUGUUUGCCAGGGACAAUGCUGACAUUUUGGGGGCAGGGGUGGAGCGGCUUUCCUCAACAGGGUACCAAAUCGAGUGAGUGCUUGAUAAUUAUCGUAGAAGUGUAAACUGAAGGUCUCAAAAUGUGUUCAUAUAAGUGGAUAUUUAUAUCAAAUUGUUUCAGAUGAAUAUUUAAAUUGUGCUUAGUAUUAUAAUACAGAAUUAUAUUAUUGAAUGUUGUUUGCAUAUAUUUGCAUUCCCCCGUUUCUCAACAAUGUCACCUGGUAAGUUUUAUGCAAGUGGGGGGUUAGUUAGUUUUUGUGAACGCUUCACUUUGGAGCACAGAAAUAAGCAGCAUUUUUCAUGCUGCCUUUGUCACACAACAUGGCUUAAAGGUGACUCGUCAUAUUUGGAAUUGAGACCGUGCCCCUUAAAGCAAAUUGCGUGUGUUUAAUGUAUAAAAUAAUUUUUGGGGGGCUUGUAUUGUGAGAAAAAUUGUGACUUGAGAUUUCAAUAAAGUGCAUCAGUAACUU